GAUCCCCGAACCCACGGCGGGGCGCGUUGCCUGGCGCACAGGGUCAAUACCAGGGGCGGCGUCCCAGAUCUCUGGGGGUGGCCCGGGCUCAGGUUCCGGACAGGCUGCGCGUGGCGGGGCGGCGCCCGGGGGUGUCGGGGGCUGGGGCGGCCCCGGCCGGCAGCUCCUGCGGCCCCGCCCCGGCCCGGCCCUCCCGCCCGGGUAUAAGGCGGCGCGCUGGCCAGGCGGCGCGGGCACAAGGGGCGGAGCGGGCGCAGCUGGUGCAGCGCCCCGCGGCGGAGACCUCGGCGGAGCGCAGCGCGGGGACGAGCCGAAAGCAGCCGCGUGGCCGUGCCCAUGAAGCCGCCCUCCGCGCAGGGCAGCCCUGUGGCUGCUGCCCCGGGUCUGGACUCGGCGGCGGGGGACCUGACUGCGGCGCUGUGUGAGUUUGAUGCGGUGCUGGCGGACUUCGCGGCGCCUUUCCACCAGCGCCAACACCACUACGAGCAGCACCUGCAGCGCAUGAAGCGGCGGAGCAGCGCCAGUGUCAGCGACAGCAGCGGCUUCAGCGACGCGGAGAAUUCUCUCUAUAGGAACAGCUUCAGCUUCAGUGAUGAAAAGCUGAAUUCCCCGACAGAUGCAACACCGACUCUGCUCUCUCCCACCAGCACUCCUCGGAAAGCCAAACUGGGAGACACCAAAGAGCUUGAAGAUUUUAUUGCUGAUCUUGACAGAACAUUAGCAAGUAUGUGAAAUGAGGAGAAGCCUUGGGUCCUUUUAGGGUGAGGGAGAGAUGUCAGAAAGCUCCAAGGACCCAGUCACAUCAGCUAUGGCAUCUUCCGACACAGUGGACAAAGAUGAGAGCUCGCUUCACCCGGACUCAUCCCAGACUCACCUUCAAUAUCUUGUGGGCUCCUCUCUGGGCUAGAGAUCUAGACAGUGAAACUGACUUUGUUUCUCUGCUUGCAGUGAAAUGAGAACAGAUGACCCACGCUAAUAACUGUAUUUUCUCUCAAAACAUAGCUCUCUUAUAAUUUAAAGUAUGUCUAUGAAAAUAUUUGUAAUUAAUUAUAUAUAGUUAGAGUUAGUCAUAUGCUUUUCCCAUUAUAAUAUAUUUUUGUAUACAAAUAAAAUUUGAACCAGAGUCUGUA